AUGGCAAAGAAUGCCAUUCACUUGGGUGGAUUUGAAGCCAAAAUGGCAGAUAAGAGGACUUGGGAUGCAGCUUUGGCAAGGACUGCAAGGGCAUGGGCAAAUAAAUGCGUUUUUGAACAUAAUGUAUACUUACAUAAGAAAUAUCAGUGCCAUCCUAAUUUCACAUCUAUUGGAGAGAAUAUUUGGGUUGGAAGUCAUCAAGCAUUCUACGUUGCUGAUGUCAUUAAAUCGUGGUAUGAUGAGGUCAGAUUCUAUACUUUUGCAACGCAGAAAUGUACGAAGGUUUGCGGUCAUUACAUUCAGGUUGUUUGGGACUAUUCAUAUAAAAUAGGCUGUGCUGUUACUCUGUGUAAGGAAGUUGCAAGAAUACAAAAUGCAGCAAAUUUUAUUUGCAACUAUUCACCAGGCAAACCUGGGCCACUACUGGGGAGUUCAAUUAGCCUGAACUAA